AGAGUUUCAACUUCAAAUAAAUCGCCAACACAGCGAAGCAAAGCCCAAUUAGCUCCUUCGCAGUUGGCUCUGUGCUCCUCAAAUUCUCCGUCCUAUUCUCAUUUGCUUGCUCUGCUUCUUCUUCUUCUAUAAAUCCAAUCUCUGUCUCCCUCUGUUCUCUCACCUUCCCCUUUACUUUCCUGAAAUUACCCAUUUCUGGUUAGUUUCUGCGAAAAUAAAGGGACCAGAAGGCAUCAAUGGCAACAAUUUUCCGUGGAUUAGGAGCUGCUACGGCUUUAACAGCUUCUAAUUCCUUCGAUUUUAAGAAAUUACAGCUCACCUCUCCCAGAUCCUUUUCGGAGAGAAAGGCGAGCCUUCUCGUGGUCAGAUCUGAUGGGAGCAGGAACCUCAACCUAGGUUCUGAUUCAAGAACUCGCAGGGUCGAGCAGUUGAUUACCAAUGCUGUUGCGACGAAGGCUGAGAAUUCUGCUGCUUCCUCGGCAGCUAAAUCUGGACAUGAACUUCUACUCUUUGAGGCCCUAAGAGAAGGCUUGGAAGAAGAAAUGGACAGAGAUCCCACUGUUUGUGUCAUGGGCGAAGAUGUGGGUCAUUAUGGAGGUUCUUACAAGGUGACGAAAGGCCUGGCAAAUAAAUAUGGGGAUCUCAGAGUCCUUGAUACCCCUAUUGCUGAGAACUCAUUCACUGGUAUGGGUAUAGGUGCUGCCAUGACUGGCUUGAGGCCAGUUGUUGAGGGUAUGAACAUGGGGUUUCUCCUUCUAGCUUUCAAUCAGAUCUCAAAUAACUGUGGCAUGCUUCACUACACAUCAGGUGGACAGUUUAAAAUACCCAUAGUUAUUCGUGGACCUGGUGGAGUUGGGCGGCAACUGGGUGCUGAGCACUCACAACGCCUUGAAUCAUAUUUUCAAUCAAUUCCUGGAAUCCAAAUGGUUGCAUGCUCGACCCCUUAUAAUGCCAAGGGCUUGAUGAAAGCAGCAAUCCGAAGUGAGAACCCAGUGAUACUUUUUGAACAUGUUUUGCUUUACAACCUCAAGGAGAGAAUCCCUGAUGAAGAAUAUAUCUGUAAUCUUGAGGAAGCUGAGAUUGUUAGGCCUGGAGAGCAUGUCACUAUUUUAACCUACUCAAGGAUGAGAUAUCAUGUGAUGCAGGCUGCCAAAACUUUAGUGAACAAGGGAUAUGAUCCUGAGGUGAUUGAUAUCAGAUCACUGAAACCUUUUGAUCUCUACACAAUUGGGAAUUCUGUGAAGAAGACGCAUCGUGUGCUGAUUGUGGAGGAAUGCAUGAGAACCGGUGGCAUUGGCGCUAGCUUGACUGCAGCUAUCACUGAAAAUUUCCAUGACUAUUUGGAUGCGCCAAUUGUAUGCUUGUCUUCACAGGAUGUACCAACCCCCUAUGCUGGGACAUUGGAGGAGUGGACUGUAGUUCAACCUGCCCAGAUCGUGACUGCAGUUGAGCAGAUAUGCCAGUAAUUACAGAAGAAUAAAUAGUUGUAACCACUUUGGUAGAGUAAUCAUGUUCAACAAAAUACUUUUCAGCUGUGUUUCAUCAUUUAAUUUCAUAUUGUAUUAGCAAUUUUGUGUUGAACUUUGCAGUUGUCCAUCGCGAUGAGGCUCUUCAAUUCUUGUUUUUCUUCAUGGUAGACUCAUAAUUUGCAGUGAAUUGUGGGAUUCUCAUCUCUACUAAGGUUUUACCGAGAGGAAUUAUGUAAUUCUAGCCUAAUUGGCAGUGAAGAAUGUCAAAUGCUAAAAUGAUAUUAGUCACUUGCAGUUAAAUUAACUGGAAGUGACAAUUCAUAUUCUUCAGCUUUA